AUGGCUGUCAGAGAUCCAGCAGACGACUGUUUAAGCGGAGGAGCUGCUGGGUUAUUGAGUGCACUUAACGAAAUCCAAACUGAAACUCUGGCAAGGCGCCCUGAGCGUCCACAACCUCUUUUAGACGGCACAGUACAACGGCCUCACCCACUUUGCCGACAGCUGACGGGGACUGAUGGACGAUACUUGUUAGUUGCUAAUCCCGGUUUGUGUUUUUGGCAGCGUUACAAGGGUCGCCGUCUACUAUCGGAUCGGAAAGGCGCCAAGGACAUCGCAGCUUUUACUAGGAGAGUUGGUAUAGAGCAAAGACCUGCGCUGGAUAUAAUUAGUUAUGAUAGAGAAAGAGUUGGAAGUUGUAGUGUUGCCAGCACUUUAGUAAAGAAGCCCGAAAAUUAUGUAAAAAAAUUCAUUGUAUGGGGCCAGGUACCAAACCGUGAAAAACAAUUGUUAGGUGUUAUGUUGAUGAUCGAGACGACUGAGGGUUAUGACAGCCUAUUAUCGGUGGUUAUAUGCAGUUUGCAAAGUAGCUUAAACUAUCACAGUGCACUGCUUAAAAAGCGCUUACUAAUGAAAGCCAAGCCCUGCCAGAGUUCUAUUUCGGAUUUCAACAGGGAAACCUCUUCCUCGUGGUGUUUUCGGGCUGAAGACUGUUCUUUUUUGCACCCGGAAGGGGAGAUGGCUCUGUUUUUAUUGCUUUCAAUUAUUAUAGGGAUAGCCUUUUCCUUAGCGUUUUUGUUUAAGAGGAGAGAAAAAGUUGUUUUAAAAAAAGGUCAUACUUAUUAUUUCCCUUUAAUUGAAAAGGAAUUACUCAAUCACGAUACCAGAAGAUUUAGGUUUGCCUUACCUUCGUCAGAUCAUGUACUUGGUUUGCCCGUUGGGCAACACAUCAUUUUGUCUGCUGAAGUUAACGGUAAAGUUGUGCAGCGCCCUUACACCCCUAUUUCUACUGAUAUUGAAAAGGGCUACUUUGAAUUAGUAAUAAAAAUUUAUUAUCCGAACACUCAUCCUGAGUAUCCGGAAGGCGGUAAAUUGACUCACUAUCUUGAUAAUAUGCGCAUUGGAGAUAUAAUUGCCGUCAGUGGGCCCUUCGGUAAAAUAACGUAUGUACGCAGGAAUAGAUUUCAUUUGAAAAGGGGCGUCUACGCUGGCAAUUAUAGAAGAGUCAACGAUGAGGUUAUUGUAACGAAGAAAGUCGGCAUGAUCGCUGGCGGUUCUGGAAUAACGCCUAUGUUUCAACUUAUUAAACACGUUCUAAGUGAUCCUUCCGACGAUACCGAACUUUGGCUAUUAUUUGCUAACCAGUCAAAGUUGGACGUCGUUUUUAUGAAGGAGCUGAACUUGUUUUCAGCGAAAUAUACACGUUUUCAUGUGUGGUACACCGUGGACACUGUUGAAGAUUCCACGGUUUGGGAGUACGACGUGGGUCUGGUGACCCCCGAGGUUUGUCAAGCUCAUCUCCCUCCUCCAGAAGAUUCUGUGAUACUUCUAUGCGGUCCUCCCGUGAUGAUCGACUCCGCUUGCUUGCCUUAUCUCAAGCAACUCGGCUACGACUCCAGCAGAAUUUUUACCUUUUAA